AUGGCAGAUUAUGCUCAGAUACGAAAUGGCGGUCCCGACUCCGGUCCUCAUCAAGUGACUGCCCCAUACAUCAACAAGAAGAAUUCUUCAGCCACUAGAUCAAUCUGUAUCUUCUAUUCUGUCGCUAUGUGCUUCAUAGGCAUCCAUGCUGGCUUUUUCGCAGUUCUAAACAACAAACCCGUUGAUGAAACAAUUGGUCAGGGUCUCUCAACUGCCUUGGCCAACAUACUAGCAAUCUUCGUGGAAGUCUCUCUCCUUGGUGGCCUUGGGUUGGCGUAUAACCGGAUCCUGGGCAACUUUCUUGGACAGAAACCGGUGGAUGGUCAGGAGACUAAGCUAGAUACCCUUGCUUCCAGCCCAUGGAACCUGUUUCGUCGCAGCAUUUUCCUGCGAUUGUUUCGUAUCAAGAGGCUCUGGCUGGUCGGAUUUCUCUGCGCUGGGAUCCCAUUUGCCGCUGUGUUUCCUCCCGGUGCUCUCAUCGUCAAAUUUGAAAAUUCUGUGAAUACGACCAUGAGCGGCGUUGCAACAAUGAAUAUCAGCGAUUACGGAAACGGGACCCUCCAGGACUUUGUGAAAAAGUCGCUUUUUGAGAUGAAUGGGGACCUCAGUUACAUGAACCAGCUUCGACCGAGUCUUAAUGCUUUGGCAGCCCAGGUUCUGUCAUCUGGAGGUCCUGUCAAACUUGACUCACCCUGCGGUGCCUCAUGUGUCUACGACAUAUCUAUCGAAGGCCCUCGGUUUAACUGCAAAGAGCGUGGUCGCCGCAAUGCUUUCAUGGAUGACUGCUCUAUCAUCUACAGAGCCGAUGAUGAGAUAGGCCGCAGCUCCGACGAACUCUACAGUCGCACGAACAAUUCCUUCAAGAUGAGCUGGUACACAAGCCUUAGGCCAGGAAUUUGCAAACCGGAGGGCCUCAAAACCCUCGACUGUUCUAUGACGUUAGCGACGUACAAUCUUCACAUCAAGAACUCACUGGACUCUUCUCAAUCUAUCAAUGUGGACAUUGAAAAUGAAAGGGAAAUAUGGUCUGAUAAAGCUUGGAUCCAAACACAAUUCUAUUAUUAUUUCUUCUAUGGCGGCUCAAUAAAUGAGCCGCGUAUUGCCAAUGACACGAUAAAAACUAACUUUACGAAUGCGCAGGCAUUUGCCAUUAGUCGCGCUGCUGUGCAUGCCUUGCAAGGCGAGGUUAAAAUGAGUGCAGACGGCCCGGGGGUGAUCUUCUUCCAAGGCAAUGCAUCACAGGUACUGGGCAGUCCUUACAUUGGACUGGCUGAUAGAUACAACGCUCGCUUCAAUAUAUCGACAGCAAAUAUCGAGAAAUACCUACAAGAUGUGGUGGUUUCGACAAUUUCGCUCAAGAUGUCAACUCACAACGGAGAUAUCGGUGCCCUCGUCGGUGCAGAGGUUUACCAGUUCAGCGAGAAGGCUCAGUUCUUUGCUGGUUAUGGGGCUUGCCUUUUAGUUGCAGGGGGUAUUUUUGUCUUCAGCUACUUUCUCUUGUUGGAGGCUAUCUCGGUUCAAUGGAAAUUUUAUUAUGCUGCAGAGUAA